AUGGCCACGCAGGAAUCGCUCACCAAGGAUGACCUCACCCACAUGCACCAGGGCUCCGGUCAGUCCAUCGGCGGCACCAAGAUGAUGCAGGGCGAGGGCGAGCAGGAGCCGCACAAGCACGCCAAGCAAGGACGCAACAGGGAGCUCGGUCAGGACAAGGAGCAGUCCAUGGCCAAGGGCAAGCACCCGGGCAUGGGCGACCGGCCCGACAUCCACGGCGACACUGGCGAGGGCAUCGCCGCCCAGAAUUUGGGCGGCGAGCAAUGGCAGAAGGAGGGCAAGGGUUCAAAGGUGGUCGGCGGAGGACGGCCCGAGGUCAACUUCUGA